AUGGUCGCGGAGGUUUACGUUGACGGAGAUUGGUUGUGGCCGCGUGCAUGGAGCUCUAGAUUUCCUUCUCUUCUAAAUAUGAGGCCGAUUACUUUGACUGAAUCCACGCAAGAUAAGCUAGUUUGGCGUUCUCGAUUGGGUAUAGAGGGAGAUUUCAGUACAUCGACGGUAUGGGAUGAUGUACGACAUGCUCAGAAUGAUGUCUCAUGGGGGAAGGUGGUGUGGUUUCCUCAAGCGGUUCCUCACCACUCGUUCUUUAUGUGGCUCCUAGUGAAUAGAAGAUUGAAGACACAUGAUGUUAUGGCUAAGUGGUCGGCGACGGGCAACACUAAUUUUAAUCUUCUUUGCUGUUCUUUGUGUAUGACUGGUCCAUAUUCUCACGAACACUUAUUCUUUGAAUGUAACUUUGCAUCCAAAGUUGGGAGUGGUGUGAAAGAUAGAGCUGGAAUGUCUAAUAUUAGUGAACAAUGGAACUCUAUUUAUGAUCACUUGGUGGGGAUCGCUACGUCUAAAAUGGCCCAACAUGUAAUUUCGAAGCUGGUGGUGGCCGCGACAGCGUAUUUGUUUGGCAAGAGAGAAAUGCUCGGCUAUUCUCGAACAAGAAACGGUCUCCGGAAAAGUUAG